CAGGGGCCUCCCUGCCUUCCACCUGUGGGCUGCCUGCUCUGGGGCAAGGCAGCCCAUGCAUGCAGUCACCAUGCACAUCUUCGGCACCACCAUCACUGCUGUCAAGCAUGAGUUCGGCUUUGUCCGGGUAAACCAGCAGCGAAUGGAGCUGCCCGUGACCCUGGGGGAUGGGCAGCUGCGACUCUCCUUCCGAAGCUCAGAACUCUGGGCCGAGGCCGGCCUGGAGCGGGAGCCGGCGGCUCUGCGCCUGGUCUAUGACUGGCAGUAUGCGCUGUCUUUGCAACUGGCUGCCGGGUACCGGGGCCAUGUGGCCGGCCUCUGUGGUAACUUUGAUGGGGACCCCUCAGAUGACCGGGAGGGCCCUGACCUGCGAGCCUUCUUGCACACGUGGGGCCUGCAGCUGCCUAAUGACCCCUGCCGCACCCUCUGGGCGGCCCCCUGCGCUGUGUCCAUGGCUCCACUAUGGACCUCAGAGCCCUGCGGAGUCCUGGCUGCUCCGGACGGGCCCUUUCGUCUCUGCCACGCUGUGCUGCCGUCCGCAUCCUUUGAGAGCAGCUGCAGAGCUUGGACCUGCUCCUUUCCCAACCAUCGACCUGCACUGUGCCAGGCCCUCCAGGUCUACGCCCGUGCCUGCCAGCGUCUAGGUGUCAGCAUCGACUCCUGGAGAUUCCAGGCUGGCUGCCCCAUCGACUGUCCCCUGAACAGCCACUAUGAGCCGUGCGGGUCUUCCUGCCCAGAGACCUGUGUGGGCUUGUCAGAAACGCCUUCGUGUCAGCUGCCCUGCGGAGAGACUUGCACCUGCGACGCGGGCUACGAGCGCAGCGGUCCCCUGUGCGUCCCGCGGCGCCAAGGCCUGGUGGGCUGCGGCUGCACGCACGGGGGCCGCCGGCUGGCUCCAGGCGAAGAGGCCUGGGAGGGCUCAGGCUGCACGCGCCGCUGCCUCUGCCCGGCUGCCGGUGGGGCCGUGGUGUGCCGCGAGGCCGGCUGCAGCCCCGCGGAGCGCUGUGCCCUGGCCGGCGGCCGGCCCUUCUGCCAGCCCCGGGGCCUUGCCACGUGCGCCGCAGCCGGCGGGGGCCACUACGUCACCUUCGACGGGCGCCGCUUCCGCUUCCCCAGCGGCUCCUGCGCCUACCUGCUGAGCGGCCUCCGCUCCCCCGCGCCGCGCCACCUCGCUGACUUCCGCGUGCUCCAGAGCACCGGGCCUGAGGGAGUCCCCAGCAGGCUGGAAGUGCACGUGCCAGGGUCCCACCUGAGGCUUGAACCCCAGGAACCUGACCGGGUGAUGGUCAAUGGAGAGUGGCAGAAUCUACCAUUCCGGGCUCCAGACAAUGGCACACUCAUCUUUCGCCGAGGCUGGGACACUGUGGUCCGCUGCUCCUUUGGGCUGCAUGUGACAUAUGCCCCAGAGAUCCGUGUGGCCCUGGACCUUCCAGAAGCGUAUCGGGGCCAUGUGGUGGGGCUUUGUGCAGACUACAAUGGGAAUCCCUUGGAUGACCUCCGGGUGCCUGGGGUUUGGGCCAACCCUGAGCUGCCUGAGGAUGCGCUGGCCUGGGCCUUUGGCCACAGCUGCUUGGUAGACUCCUCAGCAGGGUGCCCAGAUGCUGCUGUCAAGAUACCACCACCGCCACCCUCCUGUGUCACCCUGUCAACCUCCAGCACCUCCACCCACUUCUCCCAUAGCUGUGACAUCCUCUUGGACCCUCGGGGACCCUUCCAGCUGUGUCAUGAGCUGCUGGCACCAAAGCCCUAUUUCCAGGACUGCAUGGUGGGGGUCUGCCAGGGCACCGGGCCCUGCCCCAUGCUCAGCCUCUACUGUGAAGCCUGCCAGCUGUUGGGGCUCCAGAUCGCCCCCUGGCGGAAAGCGAGUCUGUGCAGCCCGCUGUGCCCCGCACACGCUCACUACUCGCUCUGCGCCCCCGCCUGCCCCGUCACCUGUGCGGGGCCGGAACCACCGCCCAACUGCGGAGGCGACAGGCGCUGCCGGGAGGGCUGCGUGUGCGACGCGGGCUUCGUGCUGAGCGGCGCUGCCUGCGUGCCCGCGGCCCAGUGCGGCUGUGUGCUGGGGGGCCACUACUUCGAGCCGGGCGCCCCGCUGCCACCUCUUGGCCCGUCCUCCACCACACGCAGCCCCUGCUGCCGCUGCCACCCAGGGGGCAGGGUGACCUGUGCCCCGUGCCAGGUGACUCAGGACAGCCCAGGACUCUGCCUGGCCUGGGGCAGGCUCGGCUACCGCACCUUCGACGGCACCACCAUCCAUCUCCCCGGCUCCUGCACCCCCUUGUUGGUGGGCACCGGCCGUGCCCGCCUGCGGGGGUUGUGGCCUUUCCACGUGACGCUGGAGAGAGGCGCGGAGUCAAGCUCAGCGCACCGCGUGCUGCUCCGCGUGCAAGGCCACCGCUUCAGCCUGCACUGCCAGGACUGGGGGUACCUGAUGGUGGACGGGGUGCGGGCCUGCCUGCCCUUCACGCUGCCCAGCGGUGGGGUGCGUGCCUUCACGCGGGGCGCAUCUGUCGUGCUGGUGGUGCGGGGAGGCCCACAGCUGCUGUUCCAGCGUGACUGUCACCUGAGCGUGGUGCUGCCCAUGGCCUACCGUGGCCUCACACAAGGUCUCUGUGGCAACUUCAAUGGCCAUGCCCAGGAUGACAUGCUACUAUAUGAGCCCUGCCCGGCGCAAUACCCCUGCCCAGACUCCGGUUGUCCCAUGGAUUCCCAGGUCACAGACGUGGUCACGGACACAGGCACGGUGUGGCCCAGUGCCUGUGACCUCUUGCGAGAGCCCAGCGGCCCACUAGCCUCCUGCCAUCCCCACCUGCCACCACAGCCCUUCUUCCAGGCCUGCACAGCCGACAUGGGCAGCGCCCAUGGGAGUGCCACUGUGAUCUGUGCCUGGCUGCAGGCCUAUGUGGCUGCCUGCCACAUGGCAGGUGCCAGCGUGCAACCCUGGAGGGGGCCCAGCUUCUGCCCCCUGCAGUGCCCCCCUCACAGCCACUACAGCCUGUGUGUGAACCCCUGCCCUGCCCCCUGUCUGGGGAUUCAGGAGGUGGUGCAGCUGCCCACCCCCUGUGCCGAGGGCUGCGAGUGUGAUGAAGGAUUCUUCCCCGCGGGGGGUGACUGUGUCCCCAUGGACUAUUGUUCUUGCUUCUACAAUGGCCAGUACUUUCCGCCAGGCCAGACCAUCCUUAGCCACAACUGUUCCUCCUCCUGCUCCUGCCAGCCACUGAGCGGUGUGAGCUGCGUCCCCUUCAGCUGCCCUCCGGGGACGGUCUGUGGCAUCGCAGAUGGAAUCCUGGGUUGUCGGGCACCAGCCACCUUGGUCCCUACCCUGAGCCCUGUGGCUCCAACACUGUUUGUCCCCCCACUGCUCCCCACCCCUCGUCCCCAGUGCCCUGCCAACUCCCACUUCGUCCCAUGUGGCUCUAUGUGCCCUGCCACCUGUGCCCACCCCUCAGCCCCAGAGCACUGUGGGCAGCCCUGUGCCCCUGCCUGCCAGUGCCUACCGGGGUUCCUGCUGCUGGAGGGCCGCUGUGUGCCCCCUGCCCACUGCCUCUGCCUCCAGCACCAACACCACACUUUCUGGACCACCAACUGUACCCAGCGCUGCCGCUGCCUUGCCCUGGAGAGCCAGGUGGUCCAGUGCCAGCCUGACACAUGUUCCGGGCACUGCAAGGCCUCUGCAGAUGGCUGGGAGCGCUGCCUGCUAGGCCAGUCCCUGCCUGGCGGCCCAGGCCCAGAGGAGCCGUUGAUCUGUACCGUGGCGGGCGACUUCUACUUCCACACCUUCGGAGGCGCCCGCUACGAAUUCUCGGGCUCCUGCGUCUAUCGCCUGGUGGGACUCUGCGGCUCACACCCUGCCGGGCUCGAGUCCUUCACUCUGGAUGUGGCCCCGCUUCUGCAGCCACACGGCUGCCCCAAGGCUCUGACCCUCUCGGCCUGUGGCCUCAGAGUGGACAUGAAUCCGAAAGACCUCAACCGCAUCCAGGUGAACGGGAUUCUGGAAUCGUUGCCUUUCUUUCAUGGGAGCUGUCUCCGUGCCUACCUCCGGGGCUACCAGCUCUGCAUAGACACCAGCUUCGGACUCCUGCUGACCUAUGACUGGCACGGCUUGGUGCGGGUAACACUGCCAAGGUCCUACGGCCCCUACCUGUGCGGACUCUGUGGCACAAGUGGCCCCACCGCGCCGGAGCCUGACGCCUGGAAGGUGGCUGAGGUGCCAGGCUGUGGCCCCGACUGCGGGCCCCUCUGCCCUAGUCCCUGCCCUGUGCCUGCCCAUCAACCAUUUUCCGGGGACCAGUACUGCGGAUUGCUGACCUCUGCCCAGGGUCCCCUGGAGCCCUGCCACGCAGCGCUGGACCCGCUGCCGUUCCUCAGCGACUGCCUGGCGGACACAUGCCGCCGCCGCGGAGCCCAGGGCACCGUCUGCCGAGCUCUGGCCGCCUACGUCGCCGCCUGCCAGGCUCUCGGUGUUCGCCUGUGGCCCUGGAGGACGCCUGACUUCUGCCGUGAGUGUGCGGGACUGCAGAGGGAGAGGGCGGAGUUCCAAGGAGCCCAGAUUUGGCGGGGAGGGUCAGGAAGAGCCUUGCAGUGUCCGCCGCACUCGCAGUACGAGCUGUGCGGCCCGUGCUGCCCCGCCACGUGCGCGGGCAGCGCGGGCUGUGGCGCCCCCAGUGCCCCCGGCGGCCGCUGCUGCGAGGGCUGCGUGUGCCAGGCAGGCUUCGUGCUGAGCGGAGGCCUCUGCGUGCCGGAGGCGCAGUGCGGGUGUCUCCGCGCCGGCCGCUACCGACCCCGGGACGCCGUCUGGUACCCGGGGCCCGGCUGCGCGCGCCGCUGCCGCUGCGGACCGGCCGGCGUGGUGACGUGCGGGCCGCGGCCGUGCGCGCGCGGCCAGGUGUGCGGCCUCCGUGGGGGCGUGCGCCGCUGCCUGCCGCACAGCCGCGCCUACUGCGCGCUCGCCGGGCCCGUGCACGUGCUCGACUUCGACGGCCACGCCCGCGCCCUGCCUCUGCCCGCGCCCUUCUCGCCCCAGCGCUGCCUGGACGUGCUGGCCCGCACCACACGCCCCGGGGCCUGGCCCUUCAGCCUCGACGUGGCCCGCGAUGGCACCGGGCCGCUCAGCCUGCACUUCAGCCUUGCCGGCCGCCGCCUGCAGCUGGACCGCCACGCGGUCGGGGUCAUCAUGGUGGAUGGGGAGCGCUGGAGGCUGCCCUGGGCCCUGCCUGGGGGCCAGGUCUGGGCCACCCUGGAGGGCCGCCAUGUGGUGGUGCACGCAGCCUGUGGUCUGCGGCUCCUGUAUGACUGGGGGGAGCAGGUGCGCCUAAGCGUGCCCUCCACCUUCCACGGCCUCCUGGCAGGGCUCUGUGGGGCCUUUGGUGAUGACGAGGACCCCCUCGACCUGCCUCUGGACACGAAAUCCUCGCCCACAGGCCCAGUGGCCACCCCGUGCCCCCUGCCCGCAGCUGACCUUGGCUUCGGUGUUAACUGCUCCGUGCAGCUCGCCCCACUCUUCAAGGCUCCUGAGCUGUGUGGGAUCCUCCAGGCCCCCGAUGGCCCCUUUGGCCACUGCUUGGGCCAAGUGGACCCCACACCGUUCUUGAGGAUAUGCCUGCAGGAAGAAUGUCACUCCCAGGAUGGAAGCCCGGAACUCUGUCAGAUUCUCACUGCCUACACUGCAGCCUGCCAGGAGGCCGGGAUCCCCAUCUUGCCCUGGAGGGGCCCCAACCUUUGCCCCAUGUCUUGCCCACCCCGACGCCGCUACAGUGUCUGUGCCCAGACGUGUGCGGGGGGCUGUGUUCUGCCUACCAGCCCCGCUCACUGCGCCACCCUGUGCUACGAGGGCUGUGAGUGUGAGCCCGGCCUUGUCUUUGAUGGCACCGACUGCAUAUCCCGAGACCACUGCGGCUGCUUGCACAAUGGACACUACCUUCCAGUUGGGGAGGCGCUGAUCCUGCCAGGCUGUCGGGAGCGCUGUGUGUGUGCACAGGGCCGUGGUCUCCAGUGCCAGCCCUUUGCCUGCUCACAGGGCACAGACUGCAUCCUGGAGGGAGGUGCUUGGUGCUGUGAAGCUGGGGGCGGGGCCACGUGUCGCCUGGUGCCCGGGGUCCUCUUCACCACCUUUGACGGCUUCAGUGGGCUGGCACCCAUGCCUGUGACAUCCUGUGCCUAUGAACUAGCCUCCCUGAUGGACGCUGGACCCCAAGAUCCUGACUGGUUCCAUGUCAUUGCUGACUUCCCAGCCUGUCCUGGCUGCCCUACUCCCCAGCCACGGGUGAUCAUCAGCUUCAGGGAUGGCUGUGCGGCUGUGGGACCCAAUAGAGAAGUCUGGGUGAACGGUCGCCGCGCACGCCUCCCGGCCCAGGUGUGCAGGGGCGUGGUGGCUCGCCAGGCGGAAGGCUCCGGGGUGAUCAUCGAGCGCUCCCCAAUGCUGCGGGUGUUGGUGGGGCCGCAGGGGGCUGUGGCCCUGCGCGCCUCUUCCACACUCCGAGGGCGUCUCCGGGCUGCGUGCGGGGACUACAAUGGAAUUGCAGCCGACGACCUGAUACUUCCGAGAGGACUCCGGGGUGCCAGCGUAGGAGGCGCGUUCCAGGGGUGCCUGACGCGGAGCCUCAGCAGCUGCACCGAGCAGCUGCCGGCCGGGAUCCAACCGUUCGCCGCGUGACCCCUUCUCUGUAGGCGUUCCCCGGGCUGGGACUCCCCAAGUAUACCUGCCCCGGCGGUGAGAUCGCAUGGACCUGAGACUGCCUCAAUAAAU